GCUAGGGUUCAUUACCGGAGUAUCCGGAGGAAACCCACGUGUCCGAGCGGGCGACCACCAUACCCUACCGAUCACGGGGAUCGAAUUCAGGUCACAGCGCUGAGAAGCGAGUUCAUUAUAGAAUUAUAGUUUACAGUACGUUCAUUACGAUACUUCUGCAAUUCAGUACAUGAUAUACACAGUAUGUAUAUUGCACGUUCAUUUUCUUGUGUAAAGCAUUGAUUGAAAAUCGAAAGUUCUAAAUUUUACAUGUUAUCUCAAUUUCUGUUUACCCUGUGGCGAUAACGCCCCACAAUCCUGCAUUCACUAAUUAUUUGUAGCACAAAGAAAGAUCUGGAUUUAUAUACCCAUACUAAACAACUGGUAGAUUGUCAUUUAACUCCAAAAAUUCUGGACUAAACAGCAGGGAACAUGGAAUUCAGAAGACUUGAUGUAUUUUUGUGCGUGUGCCUAGCGAUAUUUUCAGUUGCGUGGACCUCAAGCACCUCUUCCACCUCAUCUACCACCACUACAUCCACCACCACCACCACAACCACCACCACCACCACCACCACCCCUCCGAUAAGACAACCUAGCAGUGCAUCACACACUGGUACAACUUCCCGACCUGGAUCAGGAUCAGGAUCAGGUUCUGGAGGCCUAGUUUUCUCUAACUGUGGCAUGGGCUGUAAGAACAGACCGGUCCCUCCGCCAGUCAUCAUUGGCGCGAACUUUAAAGGAAUGGGAUCCAGUUCAGCUUCUAACACGAGUUUGGGAACUUGGAGCGUUGUUGUUGGCGUUUUCAUUAUAUCAAUUCUAAUUCUACAAUAAACAGAUGACUGUCAAGAGUUAUUUCUCUUUGAAUGGACUUUUCAAAAAAUCUAACUUCAUUUUUCACUUAUAUCAAUACAAAAGAUGUUAAAUGUUAACGUUGACACUGAAUGUAAAAUGUUUAUUCCUAAACUUAAAAAAUUCUUUGAAAAUAAAUUCUUUUCUGAACUUCAACAUAUUAACAACACUCAAAGUGGUAAGCUCUCAUUUUAUAGUACAUUAUUCAACCAUGAUGUUAUGAAACUAGAAAUCCAACCAUAUUUAUGUCUUCCACUUCCUAAGAAUUUAGUUUCUUAUCUUACCAAAUUAAGAAUAAGUGCACAUAAGUUGUAUGUAGAAACAGGUCGAUAUUGUAAUCCUGUCAUUCCUAGAGAAAAUAGAUUUUGUUUUCAUUGUCAAACUAUUGUUGAAGAUGAAAAACAUUUUUUACUUGAUUGUCCUGUGUAUGAACAUAUUAGAAAAAUGCAUUCAAAACUACUAGAUAUUAAUACCUUAUUUUGUUUACUAAAUCCACAUAACCUUGUAUCUACAAAACAAACCUGUCUAUACAUCAGAGACUGUUUUAAUGUUAGAAAUAAGUUUUCAACAGUUUGAUAUUUUGUAAUGUAUCAAUAUAUAUGUGUAUCUAUGUAUGGCUAACAACACAUUCUUAUAUAAUGUGCUUUAGUGCCAAUAAAGAAUUGAAUUGAAUUGAAUAUAUGA